CAGUUUAUCUGUGGAUCAUGUAACUGGAAACAUCUCUUGCAGGCUUCUGCAAGAACCCUGUGUGAUCUGGCAACGCCUACUCCUGAGAACAGAGCACAUAACAACUGAAUGCAUGGAAACAUGCUUGUGCUAGAUGAGGGGAGGGAAGGACCAUAUAAGCCAACUGACUUCUAUAGCUGCUCCCAGAGAAUGGAGUCACCUCUUAGAAGGAAAGACAUCUGGAUUGUAGGUAGUGUGUGCUUCAUCUCAUCUUCUUUGCUCUGGUGUGUGUUCCGGUCCAUGAUGACAUGGAGAGGCAGCAGACAGGCUCCUGUUCUUGAGGACACACAGGCUAAGGAGAAGGUAUGCUUAUACCCCGACCUGAAAGAAAUGGCAUCUAUCCAAGGAAAGAGGACAUCAGCCCUCACAGAGAGAUCUUCCCAGAAGAACCAGCCUUCCUAUGACAAAGAAAAGGUUAAUAAACUCAACAAGAAAAAUUCUGAGAAGACCAAUGCCUCUCUAGUUCAGAGAAGUUUUGCCACAUUUCAUACAAAAAGAUCACGUGAUGAGGUAGAAGAUUUUGCUCUAAGAAAGUCCAUAGAGCCAAGAGAAGACACAACUAGAAGAGAAAUUUUAUGCACACGGAGAGUGAACAGACAAGAAAAUAAUAGUGCUGGAGAUGAUAGACAAGCUACUGUGGAUAAAAAUGAAUGUCCAGUGUUCAAAGAAAAGGAAAAUGGGCUUCAUUCUAAGGAAGAUACCAGUGAAAGAGAACCUGAGAAAAAAGGGGGGUCAUCGAUUACAAAUGAAGCAGUGAUGGACAAGAGUUCAAAUAAAAAGCAAAAUGAUAAUAAAACUAAUGGUGAUCAGUUCUAUAAAAGGUCUAUCAGCAAUGUAAAAGCCAUUUCUACAUCACGAGUACUGGGAAAUGCAGAAAUAAGACCCAUUUUCCAGAAUGCUGAACAAACAGAGCAUGCUAUCAGUAGUACGCAGAGCAUGAUGGAAGAACGAUUCAUCAAAGAAGACAGCAAAAUGUGCAGAACAGAUGUAGCAAGGACAGCUGAAGGACACACAUUGAGAAGGACACAGGAAAUCAGACAAGUCCAGGGGAGCUCACAAGGCCAACCCCUGGGGUCUACUGGAAUUCAGACCUCCAGACAGAGAGAUCUGGUGACUCCAUUGGAUGACUGCCUGGCUCCUCCCGCACCCUUUCAUCACCGGAUUGUAACAGCCAAACAGACAGCCAUCAACAGUUUUUAUACCGUGAGCAGAACAGAAAUUUUAGGCGGGGGGCGCUUUGGCCAGGUUCACAAGUGUGAAGAGAAAGCAACAGGUCUGAAGCUGGCUGCCAAGGUCAUCAAGACCAGAGGCAGGAAGGAUAAGGAUGAAGUGAAGAAUGAGAUCACUGUCAUGAACCAUCUGGAUCAUGUGAACCUCAUCCAGCUCUAUGAUGCCUUCGAGUCUAAGAAUGACAUUGUCCUCAUCAUGGAGUAUGUGGAUGGAGGUGAGCUCUUUGACAGGAUCAUUGAUGACAACUACAAUCUGACUGAGCUUGAUGCCAUCCUGUUCAUCAAGCAGAUAUGUGAGGGAAUACAACACAUGCAUCAGAUGUACAUUCUCCAUUUGGACCUAAAGCCUGAGAAUAUCCUGUGUGUGAAUCGGGAUACUAAACAAAUAAAAAUUAUUGAUUUUGGAUUGGCCAGAAGAUACAAACCCAGAGAAAAGCUGAAGGUGAACUUUGGAACUCCAGAAUUUCUUGCCCCUGAAGUUGUGAACUAUGAUUUUGUUUCCUUUCCCACUGACAUGUGGAGCGUGGGGGUCAUUGCCUAUAUGCUACUUAGUGGUUUGUCCCCUUUCCUGGGCGAUGAUGAUGCUGAGACCCUGAACAACAUCCUGGCCUGCAGGUGGGACUUAGAGGAAGAAGAAUUUCAAAACAUCUCAGAGGAGGCCAAGGAGUUCCUCUCCAAGCUUCUAAUUAAGGAGAAAAGUUGGAGAAUAAGUGCAAGUGAAGCUCUCAAGCACCCUUGGUUGUCAGAUCACAAGCUCCACUCCAGACUCAAAACACAGGAAAACUGCUGGGGUUGCUGCUGCUUUGAGAUUUUUGGAAAAAUCAGCAGUUCUGAUGCCUUGACCUCCACGAUGACUGGUGGCCUUGGGGGAGUGGGGACUGCCACGAACUCAGGGGCACUCCAGGGGGACUCCCAGUGUGUUGGUCCCAGGGGUACAGGCAAACCCCACACCCUUUUCUUCACUUUCUCACACUCUGUGGUAGUACACACUUGGGAAGAUAUUUCCUGCCCUCUUGAGUUUUUUAUUUUUUAUUUUUAUUUCUUGAUUUUAGUUAUAGGACAAGGGGUGUUUAUUUCUGCUAUUUCUCAGUGUACUAGCACAAUCAUACUGGAUAUUUAUUUUAAAACUUGGAGGAUGAAUUUAGAGGAAGAAAACUUCUUCCAGUCAAUGAACUAUGCCUUUCAAAAGGGUAAUCGUAUCACCAGAAAAAAUUCUGAGUCAAUUGAACACUUAGUUUCUUAGCCUUUAUUAUUUUGAUAUGGUCUAAAAUCAGGUAAAUCCAAUCAAUAAAUAAUUUGCUUUCUGGAAUAUAAACUUUCUUUGAAUUCUAGGACAAGAGGCAUCAGACAUUCUUCCAUUUAUUAUGCAUUUUCCUCUAAGUGCAUCAGUUUCUCCCAAGUAACUGAUUUUAUUUCACAUGAAUAUGGUAAUAUGCAUUUUCAUAAUGCAUCCCUGCUUUCUUCUGACUGAACACUCAUCCAUGUGAAAUACACUGGUUUUGAGAGGUGGUGCAAGAGAUAUAUGUUUAUGGUUGGUUUUUAAAAACCUUUGAAAUAAUGUUAACAGCAAUGAGAGCUUUCCUCAUGCCAAACUUGUCGACAAGAUGGGACUUGUUUAUCCUGUGGAAGGACAGUGCUAUGCUUGCAAUGUUGAAGUGACUUGGGAAGUAGUCCUCAAGUAAACUCAAACAAUUUUGGAGCCUCAUGAUCUUACCUACAUGGAGUCUCAUGAGGUUUGGUGGUUGUGAAGAAGGAGGAUUAGAAAUCAAAGGUGAUGGGGACACCUCUGCUCAUGUUUUUGGACAUAAGCAGGAUUUCCAGUUGGAAGUUCCUUCUUGUUCCUGAGCCCCUAUACCAUUUUAUUACAGAUAUUUAAUAAGGGAAAUAAGAUCUACUGUGUAUGGAACAAAGAGGCACAGGGCCACUCAAGAAUAAAGCAUGGCAUGGGUUCUUUAUGAAAAAGACACAAUGAAAAGCUACACUUAAAUCCAAUUACACACCCAACACCAAGCUCACCAUUCAGCUUCUUACACUUUCCUCACACUUUCCAUUUCCAAAUAACUACUCUAUUGACAUCUGCUGAAAUAGUGUCUUAAUUUUUGGCUAUAAAUUGUUCUAGGCUCUUUCUGUCACAAAAUCAAUGAAAUGAAAUAAGAAUAAUGUGGUGGCUAUAUUUGUGAGGGCAGUUUUAACUUGUAUUGGCUUUUCUCCAUUAUUUUUUAUAUACACCUAGUGAAUCCUUAUAGCAUACCCAUGAACAACUAUCUACCAAUGUCCUUAUUUUCAUGUGUAAGGUAAUGAGGAAGUAGGGAAAGAAGAAAAUGUUUAAUUUGGCUAAGGCCACAUGCCAAUUUAGUGGUCAUGCUAGCUAUGAAACUUACUCUUUUCUAGCCUUGGCUCUUACAUUAUGAUGCAUUUCUUUUUUCCUUUGGCCUAUGCAUUUAUCCAAGGUUGGUUUCUGCUGUUCCUGUUAUGUGACUAUGCAUAAAAUGUUUAAUUUAGUUUCCUUUAAAAAAAAGGUCCUGUGACUGAAGUGUUAUAUUGCUGUGCUAUCUUUAGCUGAUGGUAUUCAUAGAGUCUGGAAAAAUAUAAGCCAGUACACGCAUUAAUACUCAGACCACAGAGAGCUGGCAUUUACUCAAACGCUAAAUAAGACACAAGGGUCUGAUUUGAAAGCCCACAUGGAAGGCUUUUCAGUCCUGUGGUGAGCAUUCUCUACCAGAUGGAGCAGAGGUCUUUUGCACGAUGUGCAGUUUGCAUCCAGCUCCCGUUCUGCCUCACAUUGGCAGAUAAACUUUCCCCAAGCUCCACCACACAUGGAAGACACAGCUUAGGCCAGAUAAAGGAAUUAUUUCUUUGCCAAAUGAAUCCACUGAUGACCCUGAAUUUAGUGGUUGUGACUCUUUCACAAAAGGUUUAGAAAGGAGACUCUACUUUGAAACUAGAUCUUUGAAUUUCCACAUUUGGAUGAGGAGGCAUCCCCAUGCCAGCAGGGUGCCUUUUACAGGAUUGCCGAGGAUAGUUUGAAUUGCAGAGUUGAUUAUUACAGUCUAGAGUGAGGUGAAAGGGGAGAAUUUUAAGUCUCCUGCUUAUUCUGUUGCAUUCUUCCAAACCCAUGUGUGGCUGCUCCAGUGAGAGCCCCAACUUGGUAGAUUGCCACUGUGAUGGCACAGCAGAGGGGGCAAUCAGCAUGGACACAUAGAAGCUGAGUCUGGUUAGACUGGAGCUAUUGUGAUUGAUUUUUCCAAGAAUCCAUUAAGAUUUGAGAGACUGUAUUUCACCUCCAGUGUCUUAAUGAGGUUACAUGGCUUCACUCACUUGAAUUAGGCAGUUGCUCUUUCAGUAAAUGGAGCAAAUUAAACAUGGAUGUGGCACUUCUCACUGCCUGGAGAGAAAUAUACAUUACAAACUGUUAAGGCAAAAUCAUGUCCACAUUUGUAAUUUUUAAGAUACUAGCAUUUACUCAGAAUCUGUUGCUACUUAAAAAUCAGGGAGGAAGAGCUCAUGCUUCCAUUUGUAGCACAGAAAUCUCUGAAAUGGAAAUGGAUUGUCACCUGAGCCAACUUGGGGAAUAGAUUUCUAGGUUAAAAUUAGAUAAUUUUCAUGUUUGUUGAGUAUCAUAGGUUUCUUUUUUAAUUGUUUUUUUCCUGAGUUAAUAUUACCUUGCUUUCUUUCCUCAAAAAUGUUAAUAGGCAUGCUGCCACUGUCAUGGCAUACUUUAAUGUGAAUGUGUUUUGAAAGAGUUCUGAAUAUUUCAAUUUUAAUCAUUUUUAUAAAAAUUAAUGUAGCAAAAUUUUUCUUGUUUUAGAAUCAGAAUAUGAAUUUGAUAUUAGGGAAAUGAGGGUCUUGCUCUUCAUUUCAUUCCUUUUUUUGUCCUUCCUGCUCCACUACCUGACCCCAGCAGUUAGAUGAAGGCAGCCAGUAUGUGUGCAUGUGUUUGUUCAGUUGGCUGUCAGCCAUCUGAGGAAGUCUCAUUUGGAAAAUUCAUCUGUGAAAGUGUAGUGACAAGCGGGACCCAGGGCACCUCCCUGGCUGUGCUCCAUAAACUCAGCCCAGCUCUCUGCUUUCUGGCAAUUUGGUCAUGGGUGCAGGGUACACAACCACUGCCCCUCAGUUCUCUCCAGCCAUGGUCCCAGCUUUACUUUUGCUCUUUAUUUUAUUUUUUUACUUCUUUCUGUUUUUCUUAAGUUAGAGUUGAAGUUCAUCUUCACAUUCAUUAUGAUGCUCCCUUAAAAGCCUUUUUUAGGAUAAAAGUUAUAUUUCCAAAAGGCAAACUGCUUUGUUUCCUAAAUAAAACUUGAUGCUGGACUUAUUAGAUGUUAAUUCCUAGAUUAAGAUUACUUUCUUGCAUAUCAUGAGCCUACACUUUCUCAUACUAGAAAUUCUAUAUAUUUCUCCUAGCUCCAUUUUAUUCAGGUGUGUUUUUUAUAAUUGGUCUUUACAUAAGCAGUUUCGCCUUCCAUGAAGGCUUACAACUCAACUACUACUUAUUCAGAAGAGCAGCAAACAUCAUAUACCUGAGUGUUCAUGUGUUGCCUUACAUGUAUUUUGUAGUUGUUUCAGCUGGUAGAUGUCAGUGGGUCCUUCCGAUGAGGUGUAUCUGUGUAGAUAAAGAAUAAAAAUGGAUUCAUAAUGUGGUGAUUGCAUAUUUCAUGUACAUAUUUUAUUUCUGAACAUCAUUUCAUUCAGCUGUAUUUCAUUGCCUUACAAAGAUGUAUAACAGUCAUUCAUAUGUCUUAUAUUGAUGAAUAAACAUGGACCUUAUUUA